GGGCAGUGUCCUCUCCGUCCCCGCCCCGGUAGCGGCGGGAGCAGCGGCGCUGCCAUGGCGGAGGCGGUCGUGCCUUGCCGGGUGCAGUACCUGGAGGACUCGGACCCCUUCGGCUGCGGCAGCUUCCCGGAGCCGCGGCGAGCCCCGGUGUACGCCGUGGAGGAGGCGCUGGCGCUGGCACUGCAGCUGCCUGCCCUGCACCGCCUGCUCGGAGCUCCGCUGCCGCUGGAGGACUGCACACUGCAGGUCUCACCCUCCGGACACUACCUGGACCUCGACUUGUCCCUUCUGGAGCAGAAGGAUGAGCUGGAGGGGUUCUACGAGGAGGUCAGGAAGGGCAGGCGACCGACCCUCAUCCUGCGCACGCAGCUCUCCGUCCGCGUCCACGCCAUCAUCGAGAAGCUCUACAACUCCCAGGGGCCGGAGCUGCGGCGUUCCCUCUUCUCCCUCAAGCAGCUCUUCCAGGAGGACAAGGACCUGGUGCCCGAGUUUGUGAACCUGGAGGGGCUGACCUGCCUGAUCAAAGUGGGGGCAGAGGCUGACCAGAACUACCAGAAUUACAUCCUGCGGGCCCUGAGCCAGAUCAUGCUGUUUGUGGAUGGGAUGCAAGGGGUCAUCAACCACAACGAGACCGUCCAGUGGCUCUACACCCUGUCAGGAAGCCUGUUUCGUCUGGUGGUGAAGAUGGCUCUGAAGCUGCUGCUGGUGUUCGUGGAGUACACAGAGCCCAACGCCCUGCUCCUCAUCCAAGCUGUCAACACUGUGGACCGGGCAAGAGGUGCAUGCCCUUGGUCCAACCUGAUGGCCAUCCUGGAGCAGCGCAGCGGCACUGACACCGAGCUGCUGGUGUUCACCAUGACGCUCAUCAACAAGACACUGGCAGCCCUCCCAGACCAGGACACCUUCUAUGACGUGACAGACUGCCUGGAGCAGCAGGGCAUGGAGCGGGUGGUGCAGGAGUACCUGGGCAGCAAGGGCACCGACCUCGACCUCAAGCAGCAGUUCACACUUUACGAGAGUGCCCUCAAGCUGGAGGAUGGGGUGGAGGAGCCUCCCUCCGGGGGCCGCAAGGAGCGGAGGAGGACGGAGGAGGGCCGGCGCGGGUGGCGAGCCCAGGGGGGCUGCUCGGAGCCCAGCCCUGAUGCACAGCCACUGCUGGGGUCCCCUGGCACCCCCAAGAGCUCCCCCGCUGAGGGCAACCAGGCUGGCCCCACACCGGGCAGCCCAGCAGAAUCCUGUCCCAGCACCUACAGCAGCUCCUCCAGCGUGCGGCUGGCCCUGGCCCCUCCCCACGCCGAGCAGGAGCAGCCCUCGGGGCCGGGCGAGCGCAGCGUCUACAAAGCUCGCUUCCUGGAGAACCUGGCUGCAGCCCAGAAGGAGAAGAUCUCUUCCAUGGCCAAGGGUCGGCUCGAGGUCCUCGGGGAUGCUGUGCCAGAGCAUCCUGCUCCUUUCAUGUGGGACAAGGAGGGUGGCACCCCUGAGGCCAGGAUGGAGACACCCAGCAUAAGGUCCUGCCUGGCUGGGCCAGACAACACUGACUCCUGCAGCACCAUCUCCUCCCACACCAAGUUCAUGCUGGACAUGCUCUAUGCCAAGGGCUCCUCCGAGCCAGGGAGGGAGAAGCUCCUCCUCGAGGGCCCAGCAUCACCCCCAGCCCAGGGUGGGGUGGAGAUGGACACCAAGGCAGGUGGCAGCCAGGCACAGGAGGGGACCUGUCACCGUGGCAGGGCUCCAGACGGGCCAGUGGCCAGUGCCCAUGCCAAGCUGGUGCGUGCCAUGUCCAGCGUGGAUGCUGAGACCCACACACAGAAGCUGGAGAGCGCUGGGAUGGUGCCCAUCAAGAAGGACAUGGAGCUGACAUGGGAGCGCCUGGAAGCCAGCCCUGUGCAGCUGAGGAUCAAGGACUUGGAUUUCACUGACCUGGGGGAGGAAGAAGACUUGGACAUCCUGGACACGGGGCCCAUGGCCAACGGCUCCUUUCUGCCACCUGGCAUCAAAGCCUCCAGCAUUGGAGCUCUUACAGUGCCCCCUCCACCCCCUGCACUCCCUGGCUGCCCACCCCCUCCUCCACCACCCCCUGCAGUCCCUGGCUGCCCACCCCCUCCUCCACCACCCCCUGCAGUCCCUGGCUGCCCACCCCCUCCUCCACCACCCCCUGCAGUCCCUGGCUGCCCACCUCCUCCUCCACCACCCCCUGCAGUCCCUGGCUGCCCACCUCCUCCUCCACCACCCCCUGCAGUCCCUGGCUGCCCACCUCCCCCAGGGCUGCCAGGCUCCUCAGCAACAGAUGGUCCCUCCGAGGCCAAGAAGAAGAGGACAGUGAAGCUCUUCUGGAAGGAGCUGAAGCAGCUGGAUGGCACUGUGGGGCCAAGCAGGUUUGGGCAGGCCACGCUGUGGGCAUCCCUGCAGACCGUGGAGGUCAAUACUGCCAAGCUGGAGCAUCUCUUUGAGUCACGGUCAAAGGAAGCGCCAGCUUCAAAGAAGGCCAUGGAUGGGAAGAAGGUGGUGGUGGUGCUGGACCCCAAGAGGAGCAAUGCCAUCAACAUUGGCCUCACGGUGCUGCCCCCCGUGCACAUCAUCAAGACUGCUGUGCUCAACUUCGACGAGUUUGCUGUCAACAAGGAGGGCAUUGAGAAAAUCCUGACCAUGGUCCCCACCGAGGAGGAGAAGCAGAAGAUCCAAGAGGCCCAACUGGCCAACCCUGAUGUGCCCCUGGGCUCUGCAGAGCAGUUCCUGCUUGCCCUCUCCUCUAUCAGUGACCUCACAGCCAGGCUCCAGCUCUGGGCCUUCAAGCUGGACUAUGAGAGCCUGGAGCAGGAGAUUGCAGAGCCACUCUUUGAUCUGAAGGUGGGCAUGGAGCAGCUGGCCAAAAAUCACACCUUCAAGUGCAUCCUGGCCACGCUGCUGGCCAUGGGCAACUUCCUGAAUGGCUCCCAGAGCAGAGGCUUCGAGCUGGGCUACCUGGAGAAGGUGUCAGAGGUGAAGGACACGGUGCACAGGCAGUCCCUGCUCCACCACCUCUGCCAGAUGGUGCUGGAGAAGUUCCCGGACUCCACUGACCUCUACUCGGAGAUCGCCUCCAUCACUCGCUGUGCCAAGGUUGACUUCGACGAGUUGGCCAACAGCCUGGCGCAGCUGGAGCGGAGGUGCAGAGCCUCCUGGGACAACCUGAAGGUGAUUGCCAAGCACGAAGCCAAGCCGGUGCUGAAGAGCAAGCUGACAGACUUCCUGCAGGACAGCACCCGGCGCCUGGUGGCCCUGAAGGUGGUGCACAGGCGUGUCCUCAACAGGUUCCACUCCUUCCUGCUGUACCUGGGGUACCCUGCCAGCGCGGCCCGGGAGCUGAAGGUGACUGCCGUCUGCAGGCUGCUGCGGGAGUUCGCGCUGGAGUACCGCACCUGCCGGGAGCGCGUCCUGCAGCAGCAGCAGAAGAGAGCUGCGCACCGCCAGCGCAGCAAGACCCGCGGCCGCCUCAUCACCGAGACGGAGAAGUUCUCCGGCAUCACCGAGGUGGCUCCGGCGCCUGCCCUGGUGUCCAGCGGCCCCGGGGAGCAGAUGGAAGCUGGGCAUGAAAGCAUGAAGCUGCUGCUGACCUCCCCCACAGAGGCUCCUGCACGCCGCAGCAGGGCCAGCCGCGGGACUGGACACGGCACCCCCAGCCAGGGCUCUCCCGCCCAGGAGGACGUUCCCAGCUCCCCAGACGAUGCCUCGGAUGAGAUCAUGGACAGGCUGGUGAAAUCCGUCACCCACAACCCCAACCCCCGGCCCUGUGCCAGCAGGGAGCGCAGGAGGUCCCGCGGCAAUAGGAAGUCCUUGAGACGGACGCUGAAGAAUGGCCUCAGUGAUGAGCUGGUGCAGGCGCUGGGCCUGGGCCGGGCACCUGGCAUGGAGGUUUGAGGGGGCCAAGGGGGCCUCAUGCUGCUCUCCACCACCAGCAGCAACCCACACCGGGGCAGGACACGGUGGCAGCCUCUGCUGCCCCAGGACUGGCACGCUCUGUAUCCUUGGCUAUGCCUUGCUUUGCCCUGCUGGCCUCCAGCUCCUGCAGGUGUGGGUAACAGGAUGGAAGCGAUGCCCUGGAGCUGCUCCGUGGGGGCCCAGGAUGGAGGAUGCUCAGCACCUGUGUGUGGCUGUGGAGGCUCAGGGCUCAUCUUCUCCAACAGUAUUAGAGGGGUCAGGGGCUGGGCCCAGACCCUCUCUGGGAGCUGGGUCUGGCCUGUGUCAAUAAAGUGAUCUGAGAUGC